CUGCGCUUCAGCCACUGCAGCGAGCCGCGUCGGCCCCUUCUCCUGAGCAGGGAACGCGGACGCCGCCGCAAGUGCAACGUGUUCCCGAUGCGGACGUGCUGGUGGUCUCGCGCCAUCACGGUUUCGCGUCGUCGAGCACGACCCCCUCCUCGGGUGGAGCACCAGAAACACGUGGAGCGAGUGGUCUGGAUGAGUCGCUCUUCGCCGGCAUGCAGCAGCAGGUUGACGCCAUUCCGGUAGCGACGGUGGAGGUGGUGCCGGCAAGAAGGGCCGGAGCCGCCUCGCCGGUGCAGCAGCGCCACGACUUCGCCUUCCUGGAGGAGGAGGACGAUGUGCCCGUCGCUGAGCAGGUGAUUGUGCGCCGCGGAGGCGCCGGACCGCCGGUCUUCGGCAACUAUAGCGACCCAGCGGGUCGCGGAGAGCAGCCGCACGAACUCCGAAAUCCACAUCCGCCACAGCACUGGCACUACCAGCAGCCGCUGCACCAACAACAGCAUCAAUAUUUUCCACCAGCACACCAUCAACAACACCACGUUUUGCCUACGCUCUUCGAGUCUCCAUCCGCCGAGCCGCAGCAGCGGGAGGUGGAUCUACUACAUUUGGACGAGGACGCGGAAGUUGAACAAGACCGGCAAGAACAACCGGGGGGAACAACACUGGUUGCAGCUAGUAGUGCAACAACCUCGACGCCGCCUUCUGCGGCAACGGGUUCGUUCUGGCAAGAACAAUUGCAGCAAGCUCCACCGCACGAUCAGCCAAGUAGUUCGUCAGCGGAGGAGGAGCCUACGUCACAGGCUCCCCGCCGUCCGUCGUCCGGCGACGAGGAUGUUGGCAGUGGUACCGGUUCGGAUCAGAGCAGCAAAGAGCGUAUGUUGUCGUCGUUG